AUGAUUCGAGCUGUUUACCUUUGGACUCUGCUAGCACUGCUGUCAGCCCAGAUGCUGCUCUCGUCGGCCGCCGCCGACCAGUCCCGCCUCGCCGGACUCUAUGUCAAGGAUGGCAACGAGAAUGGACAGCUGCGUUUUCUGGCCUCCGGCUUGAACAGCAAUACGAAUGGUGUCAGCGGCAAUAACGGCCUUAACGCGGCCCUCAAUAGCUACAUAACCAACAAGCAGGACAUGCUCGAGCAGUUGCGUCCGACCAGCACAAACGGUGUGACGGGCACGGGCACGGCCACGGGUACGGGUACGGGCACCAUCACUGGCACUGGCACCGGCACUGGGACUGGCCUCGGCCUGGGCACUUUGACAGGCACGGGUACAGGCAGCAGCAAUACCGCUGCCAACAAUGCCAUCUAUGUGAGUCUGGGCAAUGGCAAUACAUCGCCCACGAACACGGGCGUCAGCAACACACAAGCUGCACUCAAUCAGGCGAUCUACGGCUCCACGCCCGUCAACAAUUUGCUGCCACAGAUCAUUGGCCAGGCGGUCGCACAGCGCACCCGUCCAGCGGGCAACAGCAAUCGGCGACGCGUCGUUCAGCAACGGCGACGACGUGUCAACAAGAACUCGAACGGCAGACGCCGCCGUCGCAAGGGCAACAAGAACGGCAAGAAGCGGCCCCAGGUGGUUGUGGUCCGUCCCAAUCGCGGCUGA